GGUUUCGGCAGCUGGACGAAAUAGCUUCAGAUGGUAGCGCCUGAGAUCUACGGUAGAGACGAUUAGAAUCAGAAGAAUCGUGACCGGCGUUUGGCCGGAUCUGGAUUAUACCGCCGGUAAGAAGAGGACGGCGGCGCAAAGACCGACUGUUGCGCCAAGGGAGUGACGAGAAUCGGUGAUUAGCAACGUUGGAAGGAUCUUUACUCUAGGGAACAAUCGCCGGUAAGCCGUCGGCAACGGGGUGAAGGUUACUCUAGGGAACUGAUUGCAGCGCUAGACGGAGGAGUUUAGGGCUUUACUGAUUUUGGGGUUUUCAGAUCUACGCGGGAACUCAAUCUCAACAAGGUAAUUACCUCACCGCUUUAUGUUCUGAAAGUUCACGAAUUGGUUCUAACGAGCUCUCUUCCGAAUUGAAGUUCUCUCAUCAUAGUUGUUAUGUUAUUUCUGUAUGGAGAAGAUAUUGCAAUGAUGAAGAGGGCCUGCUGCAGCUGCGAGUUGUCAACUGCUGAUCGAAUUAGCAACCUUCCAGCCAACGUGACUGAUCAAAUUCUGACCUCGAUGCCCAUUAAAGAAGCAGCGAAAGCAAGCCUGUGGUCCAAGAAAUGGAGGAACCGUUGGAGAAGCAUUCCAGCACUCGUGUUCGAUCGUAAGUUUGGUAGAAUCCCUCUGGCGUCUCCCAGUCAAGUCAAGCUAAACAAGCUAAUGAUGAAAGUUUACAGAGUUCUGCUGCUCCAUGAUGGGCCGAUAGACAAGUUUGUCCUUUCGGUUCCAGGAUUGAGACCCUGUCCUGAGAUUGAGCACAUUAUUUUGUAUCUCUCGGACAAAGUUACCGAUGAAUUUAGCCUUCGAUUCGGGGAAUGCCGUAAAGUGGACCCGUCUGGUGAGAAACGUGUCUGGGCUCCUGGAACUGGACCAGUUAUACAGACAUCACUGACUGUUGGAUUUAGCAAGCUUACCGCUCUGGAACUGAAAGAAGUAGCUCUGGCCUCGGAUUUCUUUGAGAAAUUCAUCACCAAGUGCCCUCUGCUUGAAAAAUUGACGCUUUUGAACUGUCAUGGUUUUGAAUCUCCUAAGCUUGUUGCCCCUCGCCUCAAAGCGCUUUACUUUCAUUCUCGUUUCCUGGUAUCAUUUUCCUUUAAGUGCACCCCACUUCUUUCCUUGGUAUCCAUGCUGGAUCCUGAUGAAGAUGACUAUGAGUCUAAUAUUGUCAUUGAGGGUGACGAUAUGGAUAUGGUCAAUGUAUUUGCUUCCCUUCCUGCACUCAAGCAAUUGAAUCUUGGUCUUGAACUUCUUAUAUCACUUAUGGGCAGUAUCCCCGCCAGGCUUCCUACUCUUCUUCAACACUUGACAGUACUUGAAAUACCAAAGAUUAUUCUGUCUUGUUUGAAGGAUGCAAGGAUUCUUGUUUGUCUAAUCAUGAGUUCUCCCAACCUGCGCUGCCUCACCAUACGGCACGAUGUGGGGUAUCAACGAAGCCGUCCAACGACCCUUAUUGACAGCAUACAGAUGUUGCUCGAAGCAGCGGAACUGGACCCUUAUGGGACGAAUGGUUGCCUAGGUUGUCUCGAAUCAUUGAACAUUCACAACGGUCCAGGCUCUGAGUCGCGAAUAGAACUAGAGCUUGUGAAGUUUGUUUUAGCCAAAGCCCCGCAGCUUCGCAGAGUCUACAUUAGGCCUAGUCGUAAUGUGGGUCAUUAUAGAGUUGCCAUUCACCUAAAAACGAUGAUUGGAUUCAAGCAUGCGUCGAGGGAAGCUGAGAUUAUAUACGAUUGGGACGAGAGGUCAGUGCAUUAAUGUAAGGCCAUCAUUUGUGCUUCAUAUUUUCUCUGUAUUGUAUAUAUGGCACUCUUUCUAGUCUUGUUGUCCCAUAAUAGAGCUAUAAAGUAAUUUCUGACAAGAAAACAAACAAGCAUGGCUCCCCCGUGAUCCAAGGACCUGGAUAAUAUAAGUUAAACAUUUGCCAGUCUCAUACUGAAGAACAUCACACCAGACUUGUUCACAUAUAUGAUCUCUACAUUUUUUGAAGCACAAUCAUACUCUUUAAUCUCUCCCAGGAACUUGAGGCAUUUUUCCCACCUCAAUCUGCUCUUAGGCUGAAUGACAAUCCUUCUCAGUAGCGGGGCGUUGGCCAACACGAACCUCAACAGGUCCAGCUCAACCUGAGAGAAUCCACUGAGCCGAAUUUCGACUUCGUCAAGAUGCUGACAGAAGCUAUCUUCAUCUUCAGGAUGUGCCUCUGGUUCACGUUCCGACAGCUUCAAAUCCCCUUUAAAACGCAAGUCUUCGUCAACGUCCAUCUGCAAGCGUUUAAUGAAUGAACAAAUUUAGUCUAUUGAAGAAAAUACAUAAAAAACCAAAAGCCUGGACAGUGAACACAGUCGUAUGUAGUGCAAAAGGUAUGAUGUAGAGAGUAUCUAUCACAAGACCAACCUUAAUUGUAAGUUUAUUCAAGUUGGGGGAACUUCUGAUGAGACAAAGGACAAGCUCCAGCUCAAGCGAACUGUCUUCAUCGUCACAUCUGCGAAUGUCAAGAACUUCUAAGCAGUGAAGCGCAACCGGAAGCCUGUCGGGAACAGAACCUGCAGCAAGUAACUAUAAAAGAAAACCAAACAACAGAUUUGAGAAGCGCAAAUCCAGGCAUUUCGGGACUACGAAAAAGAGGUCACAACUGUUUAACGAACGAAACUUACUUCAAGGCACUCAAAGCUAAUGUAAAACCUUUGGAGUGCCGGGAGAGAAGCAAAUAAAGAGACCACAUCUGUUUCAGGUUCGUCUCCGCACUCUUCCGCAUGAAUUGAGACAACAGACAGAAGUGGAGCAUAGCUGAAGCUAAUAUCAACUAGACCGAGAUCUGCCCUCAGGAUACACACUUUGAGGCGCGGUGGAGCCUCAACUUCAACUAUAUUAAGACCCCGAAAGUAGAAAACCCUCAAAUCCUCAAGCAGGGGACAGUUCAGAAGGAAACUAUCGAAGAAAUCUUCGGGCAGACCAACGAUGUCCAAGUGAAGAGAGGUCAGCCUGGUAAAUCCGGUAAACCAAGACGGUUCGACAAGUUCACAUCCCUGCAGUUUCAGCCUGUCCACUUGAACAGCACGAAAAAGGGAAGGGUCGAUCUCGUCUUCGUACUGUUGACUGUCAUCGCGACAACAGUACAGAAGGGAAAGGCGCGAGACCCCUUUCUCGAUAAGGUGUGAAAUCAAGGGGUCGAUCUCGACAGUAGUUGUUAACCGAUAAUUCGAAACCACACACUCUGUUAUAGGCCCAUCGUGAACCUGCAGAGUUUUCUGGAUGCUCGACAUUAGCUUAUCAGCACUAAUUUCUUCAUCAGAAUCACUGUAAUCCGGUGAAUCGAAAUCUUUGUCAAACACAAGGUGGGUGAUACUUUUCCAAUGGUGCCUCCAUUCUCUCGACAGUACACUUGUUCUCCCAGCUUCUUUUAUGGGCAAUGACGUGAGAAUAAGCUGUAUAAGAUGGACAGGAAGCUUACUAAUUCUAUCAACCUUUGGCUUCGGAGGCAUCUUCUUCUUGACCAUAGUAUAACUGCACCCAAAUCAGA